GCGAAUUAAUUAAGGAGCUAUGGAAGACCAAGAAAAAGACCAGAUUCCCCUUUCAACCCCUUACAAAAUGGGUAAUUUCCAACUUGCACAUAGGAUUGUAUUAGCACCGUUGACGAGGUGUAGAUCCUACGAUAGUAUUCCUCAAUCGCAUGCUAUCUUAUAUUACUCUCAAAGAACCACCAAAGGCGGUUUCCUGAUCUCUGAAGCCACUUGCAUAUCGAGUGCUGCCCAAGGAUUUAAAGAUGCUCCUGGAAUAUGGUCAAAAGUACAUAUAGAGGCCUGGAAACCCAUUGUAGAUGCGGUUCAUGCUAAAGGCGGCGUUUUUUUCUGUCAACUCUGGCAUCCUGGGAGGGCUUCAGAUCAAAGUAUGCUUUUGAUUUACACAACAAUUAAUGGGCUUUAUUUAUUUUUAUGCCCUUUGAUCUCCUUUGCAAAUAUUGUCCUAUUCCUGUACACAUAUGAUAAUCUGUUCCUGGAAACAGGUUUUGAACCGAAUGCUGGACAACCACCAGUCUCUUCAACUGAUAAACAAUGUAGUCCAGUAGUUGAAAACGAUGGGGAAGUUACAUUUAAUUUUUUACCACCCCUGAAGCUAAAAACAGACGAAGUUAGUCUGGUUGCUAAUGAUUACAGGAUUGCAGCAAGAAACGCUAUAGAAGCAGGUUUUGAUGGAGUCGAAAUACAUGGAGCUCACGGGUACCUAAUUGACCAGUUUCUGAAAGAUCAAGUCAAUGAUAGAACUGACAAAUAUGGGGGUUCAUUAGAGAACCGUUGCAGAUUUGCUCUUGAAGUGGUGGAAAGCAUAGCAAAUGAGAUUGGAGCAGACAGAGUUGGCAUCAGGCUCUCACCAUUUGCUGAUUAUAUGGAUUCAGAAGACUCGAACCCAGAAGGUUUAGGUCUUCACAUGGCUAAAUCACUAAACAAAUAUGGGAUUCUGUAUUGCCACAUGGUAGAGCCCAGGAUGAAACAAGUGGAAGAGCGCAGUGAAUUCUCCAUCAGUCUACGACCCAUGAGACGGGCUUUUAAUGGUACUUUCAUUGCUGCUGGUGGGUACAAGAGAGACGAUGGUAACACUGCUAUUACUGAAGAACAUGCUGAUCUUAUAGCAUAUGGUCGUUUGUUCUUGGCAAAUCCAGACUUGCCUAAAAGAUUUGAGCUUCAUGCUCAACUUAAUAAGUAUGAUAGAAAAACAUUCUAUACAACAGAUCCGGUUGUUGGCUACACAGAUUAUCCAUUUCUCGAAAAAAUGUAGUUCAAAAUUCAUGGCAUUUAUCAAUCUACUUGUAUUAAAGUAUGCAUGGUUACUAAUAGUUACACCUUCA